AUGAGCGCGUCACCGAACCUCAAAUGUGGUUUAUGCAAUGAUUUUCUCGUCAACGCCGUCACUGUGGCUGGAUGUAUGCACAGCUUCUGUGAAGAAUGUCUUCUGAAAAAUCUGUCGGUCUCGGGUAUUUGUCCAACGAAGGGAUGUAAGAAAAAUGUGGACAAGAAUGGAUAUCGUCGUGAUUCCACUUUACAAAUGCUCGUCUACAAAUUCAUGCCUCAAAUGUUUUUCGAAAACGCAGAGAAAAGUAGCAAGGGAAAUUCUGAUGUCAACAACAGAAAAACGCAAAGAGAAUUGGCUCAAGCAAGCAGUGAAAUAUGUGAUCCUGAAGAGCUGUUGUCUAUUUGUUUGGAAUUUGUACCGGCACCGGUUGUGGCAAAACCGGACGAGAUGCGCGAAUAUCGUGAAGUUCAGCAGUCAUUUCGACGCUUUUUCCGAUGCGCUGCGAAGGUGCCGAUUCGUAUUGUGCGCCGCCUACUCGAGACAAAACUAUUCCUCACAGAUCAAUUCAGCGUUCAUUUUAUUUCUGAUAGGGAUUUCCAGGACAUCCCCGAUGAUGUUACUCUGCGUACAUUAGUGUUGGAAGGUGGCUUCGAUCGAACGAGACCCUUUCGCUUGUUCUUCACUCUUAUUCCGACCGUGAAUGAUGAUGCGCCACCAGUUCUAGACGCGGAAACAAUGCCCUGUCUCAUGCCGGAGGCGCCCGUUCAUCAAGAAGCCCCGUCAACGCUUCAACCACCCGGUCAACUUCAACCUGUCCAGCUCGUCUCUCCAGUAGUUCCAGCGCUAACCGUCAGCCUUUCUACGGAUAUCUAUGGUCAUUCGGCUCCAAUUAUAACUCCACAAAGCGCUCCGCGUAAACGCCGAAAACUGAGCGAUCCAAAGAAAAGUCCCACUGAGAAGUCGCCAGCAGCAGUGGCUCAUCCAACACCAUUGGCGCCGAAUAUGCUCGUAGGUCCCCUCAUUCGGCCGAUGUUCAUCGCACAGCCACCGUUUAUUCACCGUUCGCCUCCUAAUAUGCAUAUUUCGAUGCCGUACCCUCAACCAGCACAGAAUGCAAACCCUAUGGAGAGUUCAUCAACGAGGCAGUGUACUCCCGUCAAUAGGGAUAACAGCGUCGACCAGCCUCCACAACUGCAACGAGAGGAUCCUGUGGUCUCGGUUGUUCCGCCUCCAACAAUGGAACCAUCAUCUUCUUCAUUUAAUAACAUUCAGAGGAGUCUGAACCCUCAAAUCCCUCAAGCAGUGCCGCAGGCAGUGCCUCCACGAUUGGAGCCCAGUCACCAGGUCGUACCACUUCCGCCAUCACAACCUCCACCUCCACCAUUACCGAGAAAUGUGGGAUUAUCACAGCCACAUCCGAGUUCUCAACCUAAUGAAGGUCCUCAUAAGGCUCCAAAGGUAGAGAAGUUUACAAAACCGAAACCUCCACCACUCCCUGAAGCUCCGCCAAAGUCAGUGGAGUCACGUCCAAUUCAUAAAGUGGAAACUUCAAUUUAUGAACCUCAACCAACAUCAUCAUAUCCUCCUUAUAUUAACGGUGCUGCUAAAAGUUCAGAGCCUCCACCCAAUCAUGAAGUGUUGGCAGGUCCUCCGAGACAACAGCCCCCAGAAAAGAUUCAGUCACCAAGAGUGAAUUCAUCACAGAAUGGCUUUGUUAACAGUGGACCGCCUAAAACGAAGCCAAAUAACACACCAGCGCUACCGAUCGCACCUGAUCAGCUACGACCCAUGCAAACGGUUUUACCACCACCGCUGAGCGGUGAUGUUCGAUCGAUGCCAAUUCUCCCACGCAAACUGGAAGAAAUAUCACCAGCUUCGGCUCCAACUACAUUAGAUCUGAGGAUGGAUAUGGCAUCUGCUGCUGUAAGAAUGGUGAAUGCCUCCAUUACGCAGCCUGAUCCUGUUCUGCCACCGGCGCCUACUUUCACAAACGCGACUACGGUGACAGGACCCAUGGAUUUUCGACGUAUGGCAACGCUGAAUAAACAGUCGCUCGGCCGCACGUUGCAGGCGGUUCUGUCAAGUGGACGAGCAGACGUCACAAAGAAUACCGCUGCGCCGGUUGGUGUGGGUAUAGGCGACGUCUCCACUGGUGGUGCGCUUUUGGACACAAAAUCGUUACCACAUAACGGCAAAAUUACAAAGGAACCUACAGUUGAUAUCCAUUUUCCUAACUCGAAGUCGGUGUCUACUUAA